CACAAGUGAAGCUGAUGUGGAGGCUGUCAUGGAUAAGUUGUUUGAUGAGCUGGCUCAGAAACAAAAUGAUUUAACUAGACCAAGGAUUCUAAAAGUGCAAGGCAGAGAGCUGCGGCUGAAUAAAGCCUGUGGAACCAUUGCCGACUGCACAUUUGAAGAGCUGUGUGAGAGACCACUUGGAGCCGGUGACUAUUUGGAAUUAUCACGAAAUUUUGAUACAGUAUUUUUACGAAACAUUCCACAAUUUUCUCUGGCAAAGCGGACUCAAGCUCGAAGAUUCAUAACUCUCAUUGAUAACUUUUAUGACUUCAAGGUGCGCAUAAUCUGCUCUGCAUCGGCCCCUAUAUCAAGCUUAUUUUUGCAUCAACAUCAUGACAGUGAGUUGGAGCAGAGCAGAAUACUGAUGGACGAUUUGGGGCUGAGCCAGGAUUUUGCAGGGCUCUCUGUGUUCACUGGAGAAGAGGAGAUCUUUGCUUUUCAUCGAACGAUUUCCCGACUCACAGAGAUGCAAACUGAGCAGUACUGGAUCGAAGGGGACAGAAACAAGAAGUAGCUGUCACUUGCACGUGACCAAAACGAAGCACCUGGUUAAGGUGGGAGACUUGAGGGAGUCAUUGUCCCGUCAUUACUUAUGUACUUUGUCCUCUGGACUGUCUGAUCUAAGAUUGCUGUCAAAGAUGUAGUGGAUGAGUCUUUAACUAAGACUUCUCAUCUUUAUGGAUCUACCUUUUUCUAUUUAUUUGGCCUUAUUUCUGCAUCAUAAAGUGAAAGGUGUCACUCCUGAUGAUUACUAUAAAACCUGACAUGCUAGCUUCACAUUAAACCACUCAACUGAACCUUGAACACACAGACUGCACAGGCAUCGAGGAUAUCUGGGUAUCUCUCUCCAGGCUUUGGCCAUGUGAUAUUCACAUCUUAGAAAUACAUCUGUUAAAGUAAGGGAGAAACAUCUUACAUUUCAGCCGAAAACAAAGAAAGCUUUCUGGUUAUAUGGACUGGAGGAAAUAGCUAGAUCAAGGAUUUUAGGCAGUACCUGAUCAUGUGAAGACAGAGGUGUCUGGCAAGAUGGAGGAUUAUGUCACCAUCAAGCAAGUCUGAAAUUCCAGUCAGAGAAGCAGAUCUGCAGGCAGAUCUGCCCCCCUGACAGCCAGGGGGAGAGCAGUUAUCAGGAAUGGGCCUGGUGAGAGUGUCAGAGGAGGAGGAACCACAGCCACACCAGCCAAGAGUUGAUACCUGCUUGCCCAGGCUCCUUCCAUAGCUCACCUGCUCUGAUGCUCGUUGCAGAGGGUCAUUCCCUGCCUUUCUGCCGAGAUGCAGAGAGUUAGACCUAAUAGUAAAUAGGCAAGAAUACUUGACAAAUCUGUAAAUAAAA